GCCUCCCCUGAUGGACUUCCUGAUUGUAACCAUAAAUUGUUUUAUUUAUGUAUUGUUAAUGUAACAGAGUGCGCGUUCCUUUCUCGACAUGUUCGUGUUCGGGGACGAUUUGUAGCUUGAUAAAAAUGGCUACAUUGGACUGAGGUGCGUGUUUCCUUUUUUUUUACGUUUAGUCAACGCGAGGUUGGAGGAAGGAGAAGCGGAGGCGGCAGCAAACUGGUGCAGACUGGGAAGAAAACGUCCUUCUAUUUUCCAGUCAUUCCCCCCCACCCUUAUAAUGAGGACAGUAAAGGACAGCGCUGUGCUUUGCGUUGCGCAGUAUUGUCACUACGCCAAGAUGGAAAUGAGAUAGUGGAUGGUGGGACAUAAGAAGAAUACGCUUUAGGAUGCAGAAUGUUCACCCUAACGGAAGUUGCCUCUCUGAACGACAUCCAGCCAACCUAUCGCAUUCUGAAACCAUGGUGGGAUGUGUUCAUGGAUUAUUUGGGCAUCGUAAUGCUCAUGGUGGCAAUAUUUGCUGGGACGAUGCAGUUAACCAAAGACCAGGUGGUUUGCUUGCCUGUUCCAAAUUCAUGGAAAGAGUCCGUCACCACACAGAAGCCACCAGAAACAGUUUCUGGCCUCGAGACAGGAGGAAACAGAGUGACAUUAGCAGCUGCACCUUUAACAGGCAAAGACCAGCCGGACACAGUUGUCCACAAACUGCAUAUCACUCAGCCAGCUAUUAUGCAGCCUCAGCCAACAGGAGUGAAAACUAACAUGGACUUUCAGCAGUAUGUCUUUGUCAACCAGAUGUGCUACCAUAUUGCCCUCCCUUGGUAUUCAAAAUACUUUCCCUAUCUUGCUCUCAUUCACACAAUUGUCCUCAUGGUCAGCAGCAACUUUUGGUUUAAGUAUCCAAAGACAAGUUCAAAAAUUGAGCAUUUUGUGUCAAUUUUGGGGAAAUGUUUCGAGUCCCCUUGGACCACUAAAGCAUUGUCUGAGACAGCAUGCGAAGACUCAGAGGAGAAUAAGCAAAGGAUGACCGGAGGACUCUCAUUACCAAAGCAUUUAUCCACCAGCAGUGAGGAGGGGAGUCCAAGCCCAUCCACACCAAUGCUGGGAAAAACCAGUGUUAAAUUUUCUACUGAAAAGCCUGUUAUUGAGGUUCCAAGCAUGACCAUAUUGGACAAAAAAGAUGGUGAGCAAGCCAAGGCCCUGUUUGAAAAAGUGAGGAAGUUUCGUGUGCAUGUUGAGGACAGUGACUUGAUCUACAAACUCUAUGUUGCUCAGACUAUAAUUAAGACAGUCAAGUUCAUUUUGAUCUUGUGUUACACAGCAACAUUUGUUACAUGCAUUGAUUUUGAGCAUGAUUGUAAACCAGAUGUUAAACAUUUAACUGGCUACACCGAAUUCCGUUGUACUCAUAAUAUGGCAUUCAUGUUGAAAAAGCUGCUCAUUAGCUACAUUGCCAUCAUUUGCGUUUAUGGCUUGGUAUGCAUUCAUACGCUUUUUUGGUUAUUCAGGCGGCCUCUGAAGGAGUACUCUUUUGAGAAGGUGAGAGAGGAGAGCAGCUUUAGUGAUAUACCAGAUGUAAAGAAUGACUUUGCAUUCCUCUUGCACAUGGUAGACCAGUAUGACCAGUUAUACUCUAAACGCUUUGGUGUCUUUCUCUCAGAGGUCAGUGAAAACAAACUACGGGAAAUCAGCUUGAAUCACGAGUGGACAUUCGAGAAGUUACGGCAGCAUGUGACACGGAACGCUCAAGACAAGUUGGAGCUCCAUUUGUUUAUGCUCUCGGGUGUUCCCGAUGCAGUGUUUGACCUCACUGACCUGGAAAUAUUGAAGCUUGAGCUAAUCCCCGAAGCACGGAUAACAGCAAAGAUUUCCCAGAUGAUCAACCUUCAAGAACUGCAUUUAUAUCACUGCCCUUCCAAAGUUGAGCAGACUGCAUUCAGUUUUCUUCGUGAUCACCUACGGUGCCUUCAUGUCAAGUUUACAGAUGUUGCAGAGAUACCCCAGUGGGUUUACUUGUUGAAGAACUUAAGGGAGCUCUACUUGGUAGGAAACCUGAACUCUGAAAAUAACAAGAUGAUUGGCUUGGAAUCCCUCAGGGACCUGAGGCAUCUGAAAGUGCUACACCUAAAGAGCAACCUUACUAAGGUCCCAACAAACAUAACAGAUUUAGCCCCACAUCUGGUCAAACUUGUGGUACACAAUGAUGGUACUAAGCUCUUGGUAUUGAAUAGUUUGAAAAAGAUGAUGAAUCUUGCUGAUCUUGAGUUGCAUAAUUGUGAACUAGAAAGGAUACCACAUGCCAUUUUUAGUUUGACAAAUCUGCAGGAGCUAGACUUAAAAUCCAACAAUAUUCGCACUAUUGAGGAGGUUAUCAGCUUCCAACAUCUAAAAAGGCUGACCUGCCUCAAACUUUGGCACAACAAAAUCAUCACCAUUCCACUGUCCAUUGGGCAAGUAAAGAACCUUGAGUCCCUUUAUCUCUCUCACAACAAACUAGAGUCUUUGCCUGCACCUUUGUUUAGUUUACCUAAGCUAAGAUAUUUGGACUUAAGUUACAACUCCAUUGUGGUGAUUCCAAUAGAAGUAGGAUUCCUGCAGAACCUCCAGCACUUUGCCAUCACAGGAAACAAGGUGGAAGUGGUGCCCAAGCACCUGUUCAAAUGCACAAAGCUACGUACAUUGUGUUUGGGCCAAAAUUGUAUCUCUUCACUGCCAGAGAAAAUUGGCCAGCUGGUGCAGCUGAUACAACUAGAGUUAAAGGGAAACUGUCUUGACCGCCUUCCAGCUCAGCUUGGACAGUGCAGACUCUUGCGCCGAAGUGGUCUGAUUGUGGAGGAUCACCUGUUCGACUCUCUGCCGUUAGAGGUCAAAGACAGCAUUAAUCAGGAAAGUAAUGUGACGUAUGCUAAUGGAAUCUAGGAGUUUAGUGGACGACAGUCUCUACAUCUCCCUCUGCUGGUCCUCGUUUGACCAAAAACCGGAAUGGGAUUAUACAAAGAGGGCAUAUUUUCUUCUUGUACUAAGUUUGUCAGCUGGUGGCUCAGGACGUGUUGCACCUAAAUUAAAUGCUUUAAACCAUUGGAAUUAAGCAUAUUAGAGUGAUUCUGUUGUCUACAAACUAAAUAAGAAGACCAGUAGAACAUAUCUGAUGUACUAACAAAAUUUAGUGAUUUGACUGGAAAUAAUUUGAACAAUGAUCGAAUCUGUUUGCAAUAUUUUUGUUUCCCUGAUACAAAGCCAAUAAUUUUAUGUUUCAAAUUAUGUUGCAAAGCGCUCUGUCUGCAAUUUUUUCAAUUGUUUAUUGUUUAUGCUGCCAUGUUUUUUUUUUAAUUCUAACUAACAGCUUUCCACACAGCACAAUCCACAUUGUGGUGCGAGUACUGACUGUAUUUAUUCAUUUUUGGAAAAAAUCAGGAAAAUGAAAAAACAAAAAAAACUGAGCUUUAUGUAUGACAACAUAUUAUAAGGAACCAUUAGUGCACCAAUGCAUGGUCCUUGCUGCUCAUUAUACUUCAGCAUACAAAUUAAUGUAAUUAUAUUUAUUCUUCUACUAUUCUACUUGUACAUGUUAGCCAGAAGACAUGUAUAAGUCCAGAAUUUAUGUUAAAACCUACUGCUAAUCAUUGUACUGGUUUCUCUAAGUGGGAAUUCAAAUGCUUGUACUUUAUAAAUUUUUGCUUCAUAAACA